AUGCCAAAAGGCGCAUGGGACAGUCACAUGCACGUAACUUCUCCCGAUUAUCCUCUAGCCAAAACAGCCGCCUACAAACCAUCUCUACACAGCUUAGACCACGCCAUGGCUUUCGAAAAAACGAUUGGUAUAAACAAUAUCGUACUCGUCCAACCAUCCAUCUACGGAAAUGACAACUCCUGUCUCCUAGACGCUCUCAAGGAAAUUGGACCUGAACGCGGCCGAGGCGUCGUGGCGUUCGAUCCCGACGACAUUGCCUCCGAUACAUUGAAGCAAUGGCAUGCAUUGGGCGUCCGAGGCGUAAGACUGAACUUCAAGUCCACAAACGAGCCCUUCGAUCCAGAGGUUGUGAAGAAAACUUUACGCAAAUAUGCGGAUAUCGUAAAGCCGCUUGACUGGGUUGUCGAGCUCUUCAUAGAUCUUGAACAGCUCCGCUUCAUCACUGAUGUUGUACCUGAACUUGGCGUCAAGGUCUGUAUUGCUCAUUUCGGUGCUCCCGAUAUGAAGCGCUGGCCAUCGUAUCCCUCGGACGCAUCAAAUGUGCCUGGCAUGCAGCAUUUGACGACGCUUCUGUCGCAGGCUGACAACCUCUGGGUCAAGCUCUCGGCACAUUACCGUUACGAUAUCGAUGCCGAAAGUAUGGCCGGAUCAGAAGCCAUCGCUAAGUUGUUGUUGAACACGGCAAAGGAUAGGAUGGUCUUUGCGUCCGACUGGCCACACACACGCUUUGAAGGCUUGGAUGUUAAACCGUUCGUGUCCAAGUGUCUCGACUGGACCGAAGAGCUUGACGGCGCUAAAGAUCUGGUAUUCCGAGACAAUGCGAAGCGCUUGUGGGAUUGUGCAUGA